AAAUGUUAUGAAAAAAUGUUGGCGGAUCGAUUGAGUACAUCGGGAAAGAUAUACAUCAAAAGGAUAGAAAAAUACGAAAGCAAUUUGGAAAAGUUGGCUGGAAAAAUAACUGCUCGUUAUCAAACUUGCCUCAACACAAGAACGAAGAAAAUUGAGAAACAUACUCAGACUUUGAAUGAGAAGAAAGACAAAUUGAGAGAAGCGUUGAAGAAUGGUCUGACCAAGGUUUCUAAAAUGAAGAUUAAUCAAUACAAAAAGAUGUUGGCUUUCUACUUUGGCGAAGAGUUUGAAGGAGCUGUAUCUGAUCUCUUCGGUGCAUACGAAAGCAAGGUCAACAGUCAAUAUCUCGCAAUUCUCGAUGAGUUCGACCAAUACUGGAAUGAUAUGAUUCCAAAACUUGAACAACAUUACGCCUGUGGAUACAAAUGCAAUUAUGCUGUCAAGUUUACUCUUCCUGUUAUGAAUUGCUCGUCGUUCCAGUGGAGGAUUGUUUAUCCAACCACAUGCAGCUAUAAGUUCAGUCUGAAAUAUUACAGGCAUUACUAUGGAUACGUUCUCAAGCAGAACAAACGUAGAUGUUACAUUUGGAGCAAAUAAUUUGCAAGUGAC